AGGUCGGGAGUGCGCAUGCGAAUUGUACUUCAAGCUCCCCGGACGUGCACCGUGCGCAUGCCUCGUAACGUCAGUGUCGGCGCCAUGCGCACUGAGGAAAAUCCGCCGUGGAAGCGGCCGGAUGCACUGAGCGGCUCAGUCACCGCGCCGGCGCGGUCCGCCCUUUGCUUCUCUGCGCCUGCGCGCGGCGCCCCGGAAGUGCUCGCCGCGCUCGGCAGGGGGCUUCCGGCCAGCUCAGCGCGCGGCGGGGCCAUGUCGGGCGCGGCGGCGGCGGGCGGCGGCUCGGUGGGCUCCGUGGUGCGGCGCUUCCUGGCCGAGUACAGCGGCGGCACCGCCAGCCGCCUCAAGGUGCUGGACGCGUAUCUGCUCUACGUGCUGCUGAGUGGCGCGCUGCAGUUCGGCUACUGCCUGGGCGUCGGCACCUUCCCCUUCAACUCCUUCCUCAGCGGCUUCAUCUCCGCCGUGGGCAGCUUCAUCCUGGGCGUUUGCCUGCGGAUCCAGAUCAACCCGCAGAAUAAAGGUGACUUCCAGGGCAUCUCGCCAGAGCGGGCCUUCGCCGACUUCCUCUUCGCCAGCACCAUCCUGCACCUCGUCGUCAUCAACUUCGUGGGCUGAGCCAGGGUACUAUUAGGUCCUGACUACCUCUCAUGGUCGGCUGAUGCCAUGCCCAGGGGACAGAUGUGCCAGCCCCCCGUGGACGUGCAUCCUGCCCCUCAUGGGGAAGGGCUGCAGCAAUGCAAACUGAUGAGGCCUCUUGAGAAGAUGGUAGCCUCUUCCCCCCACUGCCUGUGACCCCCUCCCCCAAUAAACCCCAUUGUUCUGG